AGUCCGCCGCAGCAGGGUCCGGGCGCUGACCCAAGGCGAUCUGUCGCACGGGGUCGGGGUGCGGCAUCGACAUGCGCCCCUUGCUCAGCCUCCUCCUGAUCUUCUCCGGCUGCACCUUCGCCCUGUAUUUGCUGUCGACGCGACUGCCUCGUGGGCCAAAACUGUACUCCGCCGAGGAGACUGGCGGCAGAUCGCUGUGGUUUCCCUCAGACCUGGCAGAGCUGCGGGAGCUCUCUGAGAUUCUUCGAGAGUACCGGAAGGAACACCAGACCUACGUGUUCCUGCUCUUCUGCAGUGCCUACCUCUACAAACAGGGCUUUGCCAUCCCUGGCUCCAGCUUCCUGAACGUUUUAGCCGGAGCCUUGUUUGGACCAUGGCUGGGGCUUCUCUUGUGCUGUGUGCUGACCUCAGUGGGCGCCACAUGCUGCUACCUGCUUUCCAGUAUUUUUGGCAAACAGUUGGUGGUGUCCUACUUUCCUGAUAAAGUGGCCCUCCUACAGAGGAAGGUGGAGGAGAACAGAAACAGCUUGUUUUUCUUCUUACUGUUUUUGAGACUUUUCCCCAUGACGCCAAACUGGUUCUUGAACCUCUCGGCCCCGAUUCUGAACAUUCCCAUCAUGCAGUUCUUCCUGUCCGUUCUUAUUGGGCUGAUACCAUACAAUUUCAUCUGCGUGCAGACAGGCUCCAUCCUGUCGACUCUUACCUCUCUGGAUUCUCUGUUCUCCUGGGAAACUGUCCUUAAGCUGUUGGCCAUUGCCCUGGUGGCCUUAGUUCCUGGGACCCUCAUUAAGAAAUUUAGCCAGAAACACCUGCAUUUGAAUGAAACAAGCACCACUUAUAGUCUAAAUAGUAAGAAAGGCACGUGAUUUGGACUGUCAGGCCAUGUUUAUUUAUGGAAUGGGUUUGGUCCUCUAAAGCCCCUAUUGAUGUUUCAUU